CUUGUUUAUUAUUUCACAUAUUUGUAAUUCAUUUCCGUUUUUGAGAUUUCAUGCUUUUAUGUUGAAAGGGCAAAGGAAGGCAGAAUGCCGUAAAAUGUAGCAACUGCUGAAAAGUCUAAGGAAGUAGGCAAAAACGGCGCGCUGACGAGAAGGCAUAGACGUGCGUCGCCGUCACGGAGAAAAUAAGAACCAAAACAGUUGUUUUUAACUGCUAAAAGUUCUUAGCGCCUGGUUGGUGAGGGAACAAGCUCUUACGGUGUGUUUACAUAAAAGACGGAAUAAAGGUUGUAAACCAUCAGUUGAAGAGACCAUCAUUCCAAUCGGGACGCUACAGUAAGAGCUUGACCCAAGCUGAGGAACGCUACAGCCACUCUCAGCUCCAAGAUCCCAGUAAGGUUCCAGCUUCACAGCUCCAAUCAAGGUCAACGGGGAUCUGAUGGUCAACAGCGUCGCUCUAUCCUCAAUAUGGAAGCAUCUGAAAGGAAAGCAGAGCACACGGAGGAUCUCCAGGUCCACAUAGAAGAGGAAUCUUCACGCUCUGUUCGUCAAAGGAGACCAACAGAAAAGAUGCAGGCGUAUCUGGAGGAAGAGUCACUUAAAAAGGAAAAACAGCUUCAUAAGGUUUAUGAUGAGUGGAAGAAACAAGUGCGCACCACACGUGAGCAAUUGAAAGAAGACAUAUCAGACAUUCAAAUAGCUUCUCUCAUGGACAAUGUAGAAAAGGAAAGUGACUGUGUCAUUAAGUUAUAUGAGGAAAUCAGGGACCAUAUUACUCCCUCCAGUGACACAAGAAGACGUGUAGAUGCAUGUGAAGCAGUCACAACAGACCUUAUCAAGGUUGCACACGAAAGGCUCUCAGGCAUUGAUGACUAUGAUCGUGAUAACGUAAAAAUAUGUCUUCGUAAACUUCUCAAACCAGACUAUGCACAGUCCAUUUACAGUUCUUCCGGCACCAUGUCCAGCAAACGCUCCAGCUCCAGUAAGUCAUAUUCGUCCAAGUCAAUGGUGGCUGUAAGGAGAGCAGACGCUGCAGCAGAGUUAGCAGCCAAAGAAGUGGAGUAUGAGGUGUUAUUAGAGGAAGAAAAACAAAAGGAAAAAAUUCAGCUUUUGGAAGAAAAACAAAGAAAAGAACUAGAAGCCCAAAAACGUGAAUUAGAACGAAUAAAGGCCGAACGGGAAAUAAAGUCUGCUCGAGCUCGACUACAGACAUAUGAUCAAGAAAUGAAAAGUGAAAGCAGUGAUAGUAGUGAUUGCAGUGUUCACAUUGCUAAAGAUGUAAGUGGUGAAGUCCAUCGGCCCUCCACAGAUUCUGCUCCUAGUCAGGUUCCUGUAAGCAAUAUGGUGUCCACUUCACUUCAACAAUCUGACAUUCAUUACUUAGCACAAGCUAUACAGGACAGCAUCACCAUGAACAGACUGCCAACACCAGAACCCUCCAUAUUCACCGGUGACCCAAUACAGUUCAUUGAGUGGAAAGCUUCAUUUACUGCACUCAUUGAUAAAAAGAGUAUCUCACCUGCUGACAAAUUGCAUUAUUUGAAGAAAUAUGUAGGAGGCUCAGCUCGAAAGAGCCUUGAUGGCAUUUUUUAUAGAAAUGACAGUGACGCAUACAAGAACGCAUGGGAACGCCUCAACCAACGUUAUGGACAUUCAUUUGUCAUACAAAAGGCAUUCAGAGAAAGGCUAGCAAAAUGGCCUAAAAUACAAACAAAGGACUCAACAGGAUUUAGGGCAUUUGCCGAUUUCAUUCAAGCAUGUCAAGAAGCUAUGCCCCACAUUGAAGGAUUAAAUAUUUUGAACGACUGUCAAGAAAAUCAAAAACUUGUUCAAAGGUUGCCAGAUUGGGCAGCAGCAAGAUGGAAUCGUCAAGCUACUCAAUUCAUGAAGGAAAGAGGGAAAUUUCCAAAAUUAAAGGACUUUGCUGAGUUCAUGUCAGCUGAAGCAGAAAUCUUGUGUAACCCAAUCACAUCAUUUCAUGCUCUCCACUCUACAGAUGUCACCACGAUGAGUGGUAAAAGUUACCAAAGGGAAAAAGGACCAAUCUCCAGCGUUCUCCACACGCAGGCUGUAACAGAGACUGAAAAUAUAAAACAAAGGUCAAAUGUCAAACCACCAUGCUUCGUUUGUCAAGACAAAGGACACAAAAUUCACAGUUGUCCACAGUUUAAAGGCAAAUCACUUAAUGAAAGGAAGACGUACAUAAAGGAGAAAAAGCUUUGUUAUGGUUGUCUUAAACCCGGACACUGUGCAAAAGACUGUCGUUACAGACUUGUAUGUGAAGUGUGCAACAAAAGGCACCCAACUUGUCUGCAUGACUUCAGUUACGAUAAAUCAGCCACAAGUUCAAUGCAGAACAACACAGAACAGACAGCAACUACACUGUCUCUCAAUGCAGAAUCCAAUGAACAAUGUGUCAGUACUUCGAUGAUUGUGCCAGUAUGGGUUUCUUCAGAGCAGCACUCAAGUAUGGAAAGGUUAGUGUAUGCACUCUUAGAUACCCAGAGUGACACAGUGUUCAUUGACCGAGAUGUGUCUAACAGUCUUCAGACAAAGUCCACUCCAAUACGGUUAAAGCUCACUACAAUGCUUGGUAAGGAUGCUGUGGUGCCAAGUGAACGUGUUUCAGGCCUCAAAGUUAGAGGCUACAACUCCUCAGAAACGAUCGAACUCCCUCCUGCUUACACUAAGGACUGUAUACCAGUGAACCGCUCCCACAUUCCUACUUGUGAAACGGCAAGGCAUUGGAAUCACCUCAAGGAACUAGUGAAUGAGAUUCCAUCACAGUUGGAGUGUGAAGUUGGUUUGUUAAUAGGCUAUAGUUGUUCUAAGGCACUGGCUCCAAGGCAGGUAAUUUUAGGAGAAGAGAAAGAACCCUUUGCAGUCCGCACAGCAUUGGGCUGGAGUAUUGUAGGCCCCACGUCAUUCCACAAUGACACUCUGAACAUGUCCACUGUGUGCCACAGAGUUGCAAUUAAAGAGCUCCCCCUAGUGACUCCGGCUGAAGCACUCAAGGUUCUCGAGUCUGACUUCAAAGAUGACAACAAGGACAAUAAGGUCGCGUCUCAAGACGACAUUCUCUUUCUGAACACAUUGAAGGAAGGCAUUUACAAAAACAAACAAGGGCAUUAUGAAAUGCCACUCCCAUUUAAGGAAAGACCGUACUUACCGGACAAUAAGCAAAUGGCUACUGUGCGACUUGAAAACCUCAAAACCAAGCUGUCAAAGGAUCAAAGGUACAAAGAGCAAUAUGUUCAGUUCAUGAGUGAAAUCAUAGAAAGGAAUGAGGCAGAAGAAGUGCACAGUGAAGCAAAAGAAGGAGAAAAGUGGUAUAUUCCCCACCAUGGGAUAUAUCAUCCCCAAAAACCAAACAAACUCAGAGUGGUCUUUGACGCAUCAGCAAAAUAUAAAGGUAACAGUCUCAAUGAUCAUUUGCUCUCAGGCCCUGAUUUGCCGAAUAAUCUAAAUGGAAUUCUCAUCAGAUUCAGAAGGCAUCAAGUUGCAUUGUUAUGUGACAUUGAAAAAAUGUUCCACCAAUUUCAUGUGUAUGAUGGAGACAGAGACUAUUUCAGAUUUCUUUGGUGGAAAAAUGGCAACCUGAACACUGAACCCCAAGAGUUCAGAAUGAAAGUUCACCUUUUUGGUGCCACCUCCUCACCAGGUUGUGCCAAUUACGGCUUAAAGCAUCUUGCUAAAGAAAACGAGACACAGUUUCCCCUUGGUGCACAGUUCAUAAUGAAGGAUUUCUACGUGGACGAUGGUGUAUCAAGUACGGCAAGCAUCAAGGAAGCUAUUCAGCUCGCACAGGAGGCUCGAUCACUCUGCGCAGCAGGCGGCCUCAGACUGCACAAGUUCGUAAGUAACGAGCAAACGGUGUUGGAAAGCAUUCCAGCUUCUGAACGUGCCGUACCACAGCAAGCAUGUGACCUAGCGUUUAAUGACUUUAACUUUGAAAGAGCACUAGGCAUACACUGGCACAUUGAAUCGGACACACUCAGGUUUCGCUUUCACCCCAAUGACCAACCUACUACAAGGCGUGGCGUGCUAUCCAUGGUUGCAUCGCUCUACGACCCACUGGGAUUCAUCUUCCCCUUUGUACUGACAGGAAAACGGGUUCUCCAAGAGACGUGCAAACAAAGCAUUGGCUGGGAUGAUCCUCUUCCCAGUGAACUCGAGACUGUGUGGGAUAAAUGGAAAUGCGACUUAGAGAACUUGGAAAAAAUAAAAAUUCCUCGUUGUUAUGUUCCUAAAGACUUUGGCCAAAUAGUGAAAACAGAACUGCACCAUUUUUCUGAUGCAAGCUCAUAUGGUUAUGGUCAAUGUUCAUAUUUGAGACAUGUAAGCAAAGAUGAUAAUGUGCAUUGUGCUUUGGUUACAGCAAAGACCAGAGUUGCUCCUAUUAAGGUAAUCACGAUUCCAAGACUCGAACUUACAGCUGCUGUUGUCUCCAUUACUGUGAGUAACAUGUUAAAAGAUGAGCUUGGAUUGACACAGGUUGAUGAGUAUUUUUGGACGGACUCUAAAGUAGUUUUAGGCUACAUCAAUAACGAAGCACGACGUUUUCACACAUUUGUCUCCAACAGAGUUCAAAAAAUAAGGCUCAACAGUUCUCCUCAGCAGUGGAGAUAUGUACCCUCAGAGCAAAACCCUGCGGACAUUGCUUCCAGAGGCUCAAGUGCAAGUGAGCUCAUCACCUCAGACUGGUUCAAAGGGCCACAGUUUCUAUGGGACAAAGAAAUACCUCCAGCUGCAGACAUUGACACAGAAGUACCACUCGGAGAUCCAGAAGUAAAAAAGGUACAUGCGCUGAACACACUCAAAACAGAAACCAAAGGAUUGACGGACAAGCUAAGAAAGUUUUCCUCAUGGUACAAAAUCACUCAAGUCAUUGCUCGACUUAUUCGCUGUGCCAAGGGAGAUAAAACAACUGGUCACAGCACAGUACAAGAAAGACAGAAUGCAGAAUGUGUUAUUAUAAGGGAUAUACAAGCAAGUGAAUAUGCCAAUGAAAUAAAGACGCUAGAAAAUGGAAAGGCACUUCCUCACAACAGCAAACUGUUUCACAUGGACACAUUUCUUGAUAAGGAUAGACUCCUUAAGGUGGGAGGAAGGCUUAAGCAUGCAACGUGCUCCUCCAUAGUGAAACAUCCUGUAAUCGUUCCAAAGAAUCACCAUGUCACUCAACUGAUAAUUGCUCAUUUCCACAGUAAAGUGCAACACCAAGGGAAAGGACUGACAAUAAAUGAGAUCAGAUCCAAUGGAUUUUGGAUUCCUGGCAUAAACAAGGCAGUAGCAACCUUUGUGCACCAAUGUGUAAAAUGUCGCAGACUGCGAAGAGGCACAGAGGAACAGAAAAUGUCAGAUCUUCCAACACAGCGGUUAGAUUCAACUCCACCGUUUACGUUUUGUGGAAUGGACUGUUUCGGUCCCUUUCAAACUAAGCAAGCUCGCAAAGUGCACAAGCGUUAUGGACUUCUUUUUACAUGCCUUUGUUGUAGAGCAGUGCAUAUAGAAAUGUUAGAUGACCUAACCACUGACGCCUUCAUCAAUGCACUUCGCUGUUUCAUAGCUCUAAGAGGAGCAGUCAGUGAGAUAAGAUGUGAUCAAGGAAGUAACUUUGUCGGAGCUAAAAACGAACUACAGGAAGCUUUAAAACAGAUGGAUACAGAGCGCAUCGUCACAUUUCUUGCUGAGAAACAGUGUGAUUUCAGAAUGCACACUCCUCAUUCCAGCCAUACCGGAGGUGUUUGGGAAAGACAGAUAAGGACUAUUCGCAACAUUCUGCGCUCAACAGCAUCAGUUUCAUCAGGCAGAAUGGACGACGCUUCCCUCAGGACAUUCUUCUAUGAGGCAAUGGCAAUCGUGAACAGCAGACCGCUAACAGUGGACACUCUCAGCGACCCAAACAGCCCUGCGCCAUUGACCCCAAAUCACUUGUUGACUAUGAAGUCCAAAGCAGCCCUGCCUCCUCCAGGUAAAUUCAUCAGAGAGGAUAUCUAUGCACGAAAGAGGUGGCGGCAGGUGCAGUACUUGUCAGAACAGUUUUGGUCACGUUGGAAAAGGGAAUAUCUAUCCAACAUCGCAACAAGGCAGAAAUGGCACACUCCCAGGAGAAACCUAAAAGUUGGAGAUGUUGUCAUGGAGAAGAUGGAUGAUUUGCCUCGCAAUGAAUGGAGAUUAGCAUGCGUAACGGACACUACAACUGACAAAGAUGGACUUGUAAGAAAAGUAAAGAUUCGUUUUGGAGAAAGAAAGACUGAGAAAGGACAAAGUUCCGGAAAACUUUCCAUUGUGGAACGCCCAGUGCAGAAACUGGUUCUGCUCCUAGAGACUCUUUAACGAUAUGUACAGUUCAAUGUUUAUUCUUCAUCUUGUUGUGUGUUUUACAGAUGUUAAAGGUUAUGGGUCAUUUCAUCAUUAGGAAAUCAUUAUCGGUCUGAAUAGUUAUCAGCCAACGAUAAUGACUUGGUGGGAGUGUAAAUGACCUUGUUUAUUAUUUCACAUAUUUGUAAUUCAUUUCCGUUUUUGAGAUUUCAUGCUUUUAUGUUGAAAGGGCAAAGGAAGGCAGAAUGCCGUAAAAUGUAGCAACUGCUGAAAAGUCUAAGGAAGUAGGCAAAAACGGCGCGCUGACGAGAAGGCAUAGACGUGCGUCGCCGUCACGGAGAAAAUAAGAACCAAAACAGUUGUUUUUAACUGCUAAAAGUUCUUAGCGCCUGGUUGGUGAGGGAACAAGGUUCGUAUUCAGGGUUUCAUUUUGUAAAUAUGUUCAUUAUAUUUCGCUAAGUGUAACAUCUGUAGUCUGUCUGAGUGUAGUAUUGCAGUUCAUUUUUUGUACACUAGAGGGUGCUGUCGCCUCACUAAAUAAUGAUGUUUCAUUGACAAUGGGCCUAUAAAUGCCAUCAGUAUUGUGAGUAAUGAUAAUUGAAACGUUUAUUUUAUGUUAUGGUUUAAUUUAUGUUAUAGAAAAAAAUAUAUAAAAGGUUUAAAUGGAAAAAGGUAAAAGGUUAUUGUUAAUUUCUAAUUGUGGUUUUUUUUUAUUUGUGUACAUCGUAGCUCUUACGGUGUGUUUACAUAAAAGACGGAAUAAAGGUUGUAAACCAUCAGUUGAAGAGACCAUCAUUCCAAUCGGGACGCUACAGUGCUAUACAAAUAAAUUUGCCUUGCUUAAAGUCAUUAUUCAAUAUUUGGCACUAUCUAAUGCAUAAGAUAGGUCGAAAUAGUAGAGUGAUGUGUUUAUUUGAUUGCAGUUGCUUUUAGAAGUGAAUUCUUUCUGCAAAUGGUAAGUUUUGAAAUUACAGUGGAUCACAAAAUUGAGUACACCCCUCGCAUUUCUGCAUGUAUUUAAGUAUA